CAGAUUUCUUUCCUCCUCAUUUUCCCCUCAAACAAGCAAGCAAAAUCCGGAGGAAAACGAAACCCUCUCUCGCUUUCUCUCUCUAACAAUUUCCAUAAACGAAGCAGCAGUGAAAGUGUUAGAAAUCCGAAAACACAAACGAAACGUAAACUGAUAAUCAAGAAGAAGAAGAAGAAGAAGAAGAGGUCUGGAUUGUGGCAAUGGCGGAAAACGCAAGAACAAUCCCACCUAAGUACGACCUCGAUGCCAAAUGGGACGCGUGUCUCGAUCUCACCGUUCGCCGUUUCGUCUAUGCCUCCUUGGGCGGCGCCUUUGGCGGUCUCCUUUUUUUCAGGAGUCCUGCGACUCGCUGGGCAUCUAUAGCUUUUGGUGCUGGAUUGGGACUUGGAUCUGCAUACACAGAGUGUUCUCGUCUAUUUGAUGGAUCUCCAGCAAAGUUUGCUACUCCUAAGAUUACAGAGACUCCUGCUUCACAGGACCAACAGGACUGAGAUUAUAUGCUUUGAUGUUGACAUAAAAUUUUUCAGUUUAAGAACUGAAUUUUCUAGAUAAUAUGGGUGGAUUUUGCCCCUGCUGUAUUGAAUAUGUAUUGUUGAUGGUAACCAAUUUACCUGAUAUGCUUUGGACCGGUUUUGAGUUCUGUAACCUUUCUGUUCUGAAGACAUGUUAUUGAGUGGAGUACAUCAGGGGAAAGGAAAAGGAUGAAAUAAUUGCUUUCUUUUUUAUA